AUGUUCAGUAACAAGGUACCUUCUUUGUCCAAUUUGGAUACCAGUGGUGCUGUUACUGCUGGUGGUGUGGGGAGUAUGAGGUCUUCUUCUCCUCUAGAGAGUCCAACUAGCGAUGUUUCAUCUAUUUUUAUUGCUAUCAAUGAGUACAAUAAACGAAUGGACGAUGAAUUGGAUUUGAAGUUGGGUGAUAAAGUUAGAGUGAUCACAGAUGAUGAGGAUUACCAUGACGGGUGGUAUUACGGUAAGAACCUAAGAACUGGGUUGGAAGGUUUGUAUCCUGUUGUUUUCACCCAAAAAUUGUCUCCAGAAAAACCGAAAUCUGCUACUAUGGAAAAGUCUAUUAAACGUUUGUCUACGCCAGUGGGUGGCAUUUCUAGUUUGAACGAGUCGUUGGUCAACGAAGGUUCGAUGAACUUUGAAAGAAGUGUCUCAAUGAAAAAUACCAUGAGUGAUAUCGACAAGGCAUUGGAAGAGCUACAACGUGGCGAAGAGUUGCACCCCAAUGAAAAUGCUAGUAAUAGCAAUAACCAUGUGUCAAAUAUAAGUUUAAGGGAAGGUUUAGCAGUGGUUGGAGCAGGAGCAGGAGCAGGAGCAGUAGCAUCAGCUUUUGCUCCGGAGGAGAAUUUAAACAACGAAUCUGAUCAUGAUAGAAGUCAUAAUUCCAUCCAAACUGGAACUACCAGCUUAAAUAUCCAACCUUCAGAUGCCCUUAUGAAUGGAGUCCAAUCGAGAUCCAUCUCGAAUCAAACUACUGUAAUCAAUCCAAAUUUGAAUGGAAAUUAUACUAAUAGUAAUAACAACAACAUUUAUACUAAUAAUAACACUAAUGACAAUAUUAAUGAUGACACUAAUGACACUUCUAAUAAUAAUAAUAGCACUAAUAAUAAUAGCAAUGAUAAUUUUAAUAUCAUAAACAACAACAGUAAUAAUAAUAGUAAUAAUAAUAAUAAUAAUAAUAAUAAUAAUCACAGCAAUGAUGGUUUUGACGUAAUAAAUAAUAAAACACCACAUUUGGACCCUAAAAAUGCAUUAAACUGGUCACCUAAUGAUGUAGCAUUAUAUUUUGAACAAGUUGGUUUUGAUAAAGACACCUCAUCCAAAUUUAUAAAACAUAAAAUUUCAGGUGAAAUCCUAUUGGAAUUGGAAUUAAACCUUUUAAAAGAACUAGAUAUCAAUUCUUUCGGUACAAGAUUCGAAGUAUUCAAAGAAAUCGAAGCAUUGAAACAAGUAUCAUCACAAGAUGGAACCACUUCAAUGGCUGCUAAAAGAGCAAGCAAAUUAAUGCCUGCUGCCGAACUAGAUCAAAUCAACCAAGAAAUACCAACCGAUAAUAACGUUGGUCGUAGUAACAGUAAUGGUAGGGUUGUAUCUAUGUCUCAUUUGGAUUCACCAUCAACAUUAAAACAAGGAACUCCAAAAUUAAAAGCAACACCAUCAAAACAGCAGUCGAAUUUAACAAAGCAUAGACCAGCUUCGAUUGCUGUUACUCCUGAUUACGGAAUGAGAACUAAUGAGCGUUCUCCAAUCCAUACAACAAUAAUUAAUGAGGUCAGUGAUGACGAUAAAUUUGUUUCACCAAGAAAAGCACCAAAACCUCCAUCUCAUCCAAGUCCUGUCCAACCACCAUCUGCCGCUAGUAAAAGAUUUAGUUUAAGUCCAAAUGUAAGCCAGAUGCGUUACAAAAGCCCUAGUUCAUCCGCAUUCGAUAAGCCUCAUUCAACUAUUUCAACUCCUAAAGUUGCAACGCCUAAAAUUGCAACACCCAAAGUUGCGACUCCAAGAACUGAUAAGUUCAUGUUCCCUAAUUCUACUACAACUUUAGGAAACAAUGGCUUACACCAAACUUCUAGAAGUUCUUCACAAUAUGUAAAACAUAAAAAGAGUAUGUCUGGCGGGUCUUUCACUGAUUUGUUCAACAGAGUUUCUCUUUUAUCACCAAAUGGAUACGAUGAGAGAAAAUCGAAUGCUGAAAGCACAGAAACACAUGAAAGGGCUACAAGUAUCUAUAGUAACCAUUCUCGUUCUGCGUCUGUGACCCAUGUUAGACAAUCAUCUCAGAAUAUGACUGAUAUGAAAAAGCAUAAACGUAAUUCAUCGAUCCUAUCAUUUUUCUCCUCUAAAACAGAUGACAAGCCUAAUUCACCAAUUAAAUCUAACUUUUCAAGAAAUGCUUCAAGAGACCAUAGUAGGAACAGUUCAUAUGCCAAUAAUUAUGCAACCCCAUAUAAACCUCAGGCAUCCGAAGCUACAUUACAGGACACCCAACCUGAUACCUACUCCAAGGAUGUAUCGACACCAACUCCAAUUAAGGCAAUGUCACCAACUAAAGAAGAUAAAAGGAGAAGUGUAAGUGCCAGAGAUAGUGGUACAACCAUUGAUUUCAAUAGUACUAGAUUUGAUUCAUUGGAUGAUGAUAGCCAGAAGAGAUCAGUCAGCGAAGCAUUGAAGGGUAAAACCAUGCGUAAGAUGUCAGGUAAGCCUAUGACAAAACAAGAUACAACUGCAUUUGUUGAAGGUCUUAGAUCUAUUUCAGUAAAGGAAGCUAUCCAAGAUGCUGAUUGUUCUGGUUGGAUGAGCAAGAAAGGUGGUGGUGCGAUGGGUGUUUGGAAAACAAGAUAUUUCACUUUACAUGGCACAAGGCUAUCUUAUUUUGGAAAUACUACCGAUACAAGAGAGCGUGGUUUAAUAGAUAUUACUGGCCACCGUGUAGUUCCAGCGAAAGAAGAUGAUAAACUAAUAUCUCUUUAUGCAGCAAGUACUGGUAAAGGUAGAUAUUGUUUUAAAUUGAUACCACCGUUACCAGGUUCCAAGAAAGGUUUGACAUUUACACAACCUAGAGUUCAUUAUUUCGCAGUCGAGAGCAAAGAGGAAAUGCGUGAAUGGAUGGCUGCACUAAUUAAAACUUCUAUUGACAUUGAUACAAACGUUCCUGUUGUAAGUUCUUAUUCUACACCGACAGUUUCUCUAAACAAAGCUCAAGAAAUGCUUUCGCAGGCUAGAGAAGAAACUAGAUUAAGAGAGGAAAAUAAAUUUUUAAAUGAAGAAGAUGAAGAUCAGUUAUUGUGGGAAGAGCAAAAUGCCGCUAUGAAUAAGACCCCAAUAGCUACAUCUAAACGUGCUUCUAAUAUUAUUACAUCUAAUAAACGUGAUAGUAAGUUCUCUGUGAAUCAAAAUAGAUUUAGCAUUAUGUCAUAUAACACCGGAGCGGAUACGAUGUUGGCGGAUGAGAACACAAUUGGCAAUAAUACGACAAUGAUCUCUAACAGCAAUAUUACAAGCCCAAACAAAAGGGCUUCGUUUGUGCCAUCUACUAUACUGACUCCAGCUCCACAAACUGUAGAUGAUGAGGUUAGUAUUGCAGCAAGCAGUCAAUAUUCUAAUUGA